UUCUCCAUCAUUCCAAAGUCAUGAUGUCUUUGACUGAAGCUUGUGGAGAAAACCAUUUGAUGCAGUGACUGAGCCUGUGAGAAAGUAAAUGGCUGACAUGUAUCUGGUCUGACAUUGAGCUUCCAACCUCGCUUUAUAUUAGUGUAUGUAUCCCGUUGGCAUUGAUAUUCAACACCCCCCAAACCUCCCCCUCAGCUCCUCGGGUCUUGCUGUACCUAUGAACAGACAUCACAGAGCCCUUCAGUCCCUUUCCCCCCAGGUGCUUCAAAUUGCCAGCGGCUACCCCCCACCCCCCAAAACAGCUCGUAGUCUCUCCCGCCGCGCCGGGACAAACCCCCCCUCCCGACCAUGUCCCGCCCCUGGAUCCUCGUCUCCCCAUCCUCCCGCGGCAUCGGCGCCCACCUGACCCGGCACCUCCUCCGCACCACCUCCGCCCCGGUCCUCGCGACGUCCCGCUCGGCCGAUACCACCGCCGCCAAGGGCCGCCUCCUCGAGUCCCUCGGCCUGCCUCCACUCGAGACCGAGGACGCCGCCUCACGCCUCAAGAUCGUGCGCGUCGACGUCACCGACGAGGCCACCGUCGCCGCCGCCGCCGACGAGGCCCGCGCCCUGUUCCCCGAGGCCACCCACCACCUCAGGCUCGCCCUCGCCAUCCCCGGCAUCCUGCACCCGGAGAAGAGCCCGACGCAGGUCGACUACGACAAGGCGCUCGACAUGUUCAGGGUCAACACGCUAGGGCAGAUGAUACUGAUGAAGCACUUCUCCCCCUUCCUCCCCCGAAAGUCCGUUGCCCUCACGUCCUCCUCCUCUACUGAAGACGACCGGGGCCUGCCACCGGGCCACGCCGUCUGGGCCGCCAUGUCGGCGCGCGUCGGGUCGACUUCGGACAACCUCAAGGGCGGGUGGUACACCUACCGCGCCUCCAAGGCUGGCGUCACCUCCCUUGCCAAGUCUCUCGACCUGUGGCUCAGCGCACGCAGCGGCGACAAGGCCAUCGCCGUGGCCUAUCACCCGGGCACCGUCAAGACGGGCCUGUCCGAGGGGUUCUGGGGCACGGUGCCGAAGGGGAAGCUGUUCGAACCCGAGUUCGCCGUGGGAAGGAUGUGCAAGGUGUUGACGGAGGAGGUCGGGGUUGAGGGAAGGGGCCGGUUCUGGGACUGGCAGGGUAAGGAGAUCUUGCCGUGAGCCC